AUGGUGAAACAGACAACCUCCUACAUGGGUCAGAACAGUCUUUGUCAUUUGAUGCGAACCCCAAAGACAAGAACUCACAUAGUCGUUGUGAUGAUGCAUAAAUCUGACGCCAUCGUGGCCAGACAGACAAUAGUGUCUGUUCAUCCCCUUUGUGUGCUGCAACAGACACAGACAGAGCGUGAGCUGGAGUGUGAUCCUAUGCAUCAGACAUGUCAGACACCUUCCUAUGUCUAUGAAGAUGAGUGCUCCCUGUGUAAGGGGACAGGCCAGAUGAAAUCGAACCACAAAGGCCGCCAUCGGCUUUAUUCAUGCACAUUGUGCAGUGGCUUGGGCUAUGUCAGGAGGACAACCUCAAGGUUCAUUCCCAACGUGAAUGGCACUGGCCCCAAGAUGACUCUGGGCCGUCCCAAGCCACAGGAGGAACUGCCACCCCACCUGCAGAAUGGCCACCUGCGCAGUGGCUUCAAAAGGAAGGACUGA